GUGCCCAUUCGACUUUUCCUUGGUAUAUUCCUGUUUCCCGCUCGUUAUAAACUUUAUAUCUUCGCGGGCUAUGAUACGAGAGUUACUCAUAUUUUUCUGUUUGAUUUAUUUGGAAAUAAAUAACUGUUGGUAGAUUAAAUGAGUACGUGUUGGAUAUAGUUGUUUUGUUGUUUGUGAUUGUGUGGCAAAAACAAAAUGACAUUGUGGAAAGUGGUUCUUGUGGUACUUUUUGGAGUUACCUAUACUAGAGCAGAUAAUUUGGCUUUACUAUCUGGAACUCUACGGACCUAUCAGCAAGCCGGAUGCGAUGACGAAGUGGUAGUCUUGAAUUGCCCAACUGGGACGAGCAUAUCCAUCGAACUUGCCCAAUAUGGAAAAGCAGAAGCUGAAGCAUCGAUCUGUAAGCUUAGAUCAACGAGGUCUACAAUUUCAAGGUCAUCGUAUAACUACAACUCUUCUUGUCUAUGGCCCAACGCUAUCCAGUAUUCGCUGUUACAGACUGUCGUGGAGGCUUGCCAGAAGAAGAGCCACUGUAAGUUUCAAACUAGCCCAAAGACUUUUGGAGGUGAUCCCUGUCCUGAAGUAAGAAAAUACGUAGAAGUGGCCUACAAAUGCAGACCAUAUGAAUUUAGAAGUCAAGUAGCCUGUCAAAAUAGUAAAAUCAAAUUAAAUUGUAAUCCUAACUCAAGAGUUGCAGUCUACAGUGCAAGUUAUGGACGAACAGAAUACGAGAGCAUACAGUGUCCACAGCCACAAGGUGUGCCAGAAGAGACGUGCCUUGUAAGCUACGCCACUGAAAUUGUCAUGCAGCUGUGUCAUGGAAAAAGAAGCUGCGACCUUUCAGCGGAUAUCAGCACCUUUGGAAGUCCGUGCAAACCGGAAUCCAGAAUGUAUUUGAAGGUGGUCUACACAUGUGUACCAAGAAAGGUUCUUAAAGAACAGUACGACGGAUUUCUGGAAGCUGAAGAAAAAGAUGACGAAAUUUCAAGCGUUGACGACAAUGUGUUAGAAGUAUACGAAGGCGUUAACGAUUAUUUCAGGGAAUUUGCCGCAUCUCCUCCUGAUCCAAACAUAGAAGGCGUCACGAAAGAAAAUAUUACCAAAGAGUUUCAUCAUGUGGGUUCAAGCGGACCACCACAGACCACGAACAAUUUUCUGUUAAGCGACAAAGAGCGACUUUUCAUCUACAUCCUAAUGACCGUGGCAGCAAUCGUCGUUGUCCUCUUAAGUUUUCUGGUGGCGAAGAUCUACGUGCAACAUUAUCGAGCAAAAGUAGGAUCGAAAUCUGAAGCCGCCAAUAUAGCAGAUACUUCAUUGCCCAAUACAUUUGUUGGCGAUAUAGACGAAGUAGAUGCAGAUAUAGAGUUAAUAAUGCCCUUACCCCCUCCGAUAGUUCCAUCUGGCGCAGUCUAUUCAGCGGCUAUUGGCAGUAUAGCGGAGGUUGUUCGGUAUCCUCACAUUGACGACUAUACCAUAUCAAAUAAUCCUAGAAGACUCACACUAACGAUGGAAACAGACCAUACAGCAACUUCGAAUAGCACGUCACACGGUCAGUACUACUACGGAUGACACCAGUGCCAGGGCCAUGGAGGCCCGACUCUUCCCCAUUCACCCACGUGUCCAGGUCAACGUACGUACUGUUUUUAAAGAAUCAAGUGAUACUUGUGUUGUGAUGAACCGUGCUGUGUGCGAUAUUGACAUUAAGUGCACUCUACAAGUCGACAGAAAUACCUGAAACGCGAAGUUCUCUCAGGUAGCAAAUCAAGGAGAGGAGACUUCAGUUGGACGCGUUAGUGCAAAGAGUAAACAUCCAUUUAAAAUGAAUUGUUCACGAAAUCAGUGGUUUUGCAAUAUUGCCAGAUAAAAUCGUCGAAUAGUUGUUUAUUUAGAAUACAUUUAACCUUCGGAUGACCAAGCGGGGGAAAUUGUGACCCCAGCGUAUGUUUUUCUUUAAUAGAUUCAAAAGUAUUUUCAAUUUUUAACUCAUUAUUUUUUUAUUUGACUUUAUCAUUCUAGAUAUCCUCAUAUUUUGAAAUAAAAAAAAUUCCCUAUUUGUUACGAAUAAAAGAUAUAGUCUGAAGUUGAUGUUUAGUAAAAUAGCGUCUAUUAUGUGUAAUUCCAAGUAGUUUUGCGAUAAUGACGUCGACUUUGCAAAGUAACAAGACUUACUCAACAUACACACUACACACGACACUAAUACUCAUGUUGUGACCGGCUGAAUGACAUAAAGUACAUGCCAUAAAAAAAUAUUUAAAAAAAAUUAAAAAAGCUUCAUUUUUUUGUUAAUUGUCAUUUUUGACUAGGGGUCAUUUCCCCCCCCCCCCCCCCUUGAUCAUCCGUGUAACAAAAAAAGGUUGGUCAUCGGAAGGUUAAUAUAUUGUUAAUAAAGAUGAAUAUUUCAAAUGGGGUGAAAAUUAGAACACUAAGGGCCGGUACUUUAUGUCCCGGUUAAACCUCGGUUAGCUAACCGGGGUUUAAUCGGGGCAGAAAAGUACCCCAUAGGGCCUCUUGCGUUGUAAUAAAAGCAAUUAUAAUUAUUAUUAUAAUUAUUUAUGAAUAUAAUAAUAAGUAUAAUUGCGUUUAUGUCUAUGUUUUGCAUAUAUUUAUGUCCCGAUUAAACCUCGGUUAACUAACCGGCUGUUAACGGAGACAUAAAGUACCGGCCCUAAAUGCAUAAUUCCGUGAAAUUAUGCAAAAAUUUUAAGAUUUACGCAGUAGGAAGCACAAACAGAAGGAAAUUUUACUGUGAAAUAGGUAACAAAUAAAAACCGAAAACCCUUUGAAAUCUGAUUGAUCUGACAACGUCGCGUCACUAAUGAUUUCGAUUGCUUUGACCUUGUCGGUUUCAGAUAUUUCUGUCGACUUAUACUUUCAUUGAAACAGACCAAAGACUCCUUUUUCUUCUAUUUGUACUGUAACCCUUAGUCGCCUGUAACAUUCUGAUACCUUAUAUAAGAAUUAUUUAUCACGUGUACUUUUAAAACCACCUUAUUUUAUUGAGGGCAAAGUUUUGAGGCUGAAAUAGAUUACCAAAAAAUAUUACACUACACAAAAUCUAAAGACAUAAAGGUAAUCAUGGGAGAUUUUCAUGCAAAAGUCAUCAAAAAUAAUGUACCUUAUAUUUAUACUAUGACCAAACUCAAA